CUUUCCAUCUUAACCAGUAGCAUCCAGCCGCCAUGGAAGAAGGCUCAUCAUCGUCGUCGUCUUCAUCGUCAGAGCUUGUGUUCUUCGAUUUAGAAACAACAGUGCCGAACAAAGCCGGACAAAGGUUCUGGGUUUUGGAGUUCGGGGCAAUCGUAGUGUGCCCGAGAAAGCUGACGGAGCUGGAGAGCUAUUGCACCCUCAUCAGGCCGCUGGAUUUGUCUGCGGUGGCCUCCAAGUCCAGCCGCUGCCAUGGCAUCACCCAGGAAUCCGUCAAGAACGCGCCGUUCUUCCACCAAGUUGCCGACAAGAUUUUCAGCCUUCUCGACGGCAGGGUGUGGGCCGGCCACAACAUCCACCGAUUCGACUGUGUUCGGAUCAGGGAGGCCUUCGCUGACAUCGGAAAGCCGCCGCCGGUGCCCGUCGGCAUCAUCGAUUCGUUGGGCGUUUUGACGGACAAGUUUGGCAGAAGAGCUGGGAAUAUGAAGAUGGCAACUCUUGCAUCUUAUUUUGGGCUCGGGGAGCAAAAGCAUAGGAGCCUUGAUGAUGUGCGCAUGAACUUAGAAGUCCUCAAGCACUGUGCUACCGUGCUAUUCCUGGAAUCCAGCCUCCCAAGUGUACUGGAAGGCGGAUGGCAUGGCUCUCCCGCAGUGACAACAAGAAGCAGAAGCGUUUUGGAACCCAGUAAUCUUCCAACCGACCCUAAUGGCAAAUGGGACAGGUCUCCUCCACGCAUCACAACUAGAAGCAGGAGCAGUAACAAUGUGGGGAAACGUCCUUCAUCUUCACUUGGGUAUCACAGAGCUGUGCCCUAUGCUAGGGCAGGUUUAGGAAAGGUGACGGAUAGAGUGGCAAAUCUUUUGUGUAAAGCUGAACAUAAGCCUCUUGGUAGUUUGCUAAUUAAGCAUUCCCAUUCAUUGCUUCGCUGAGCACCAAUAAAGUUCUGUUUCAUCAUUCCGGGCUGAGAGAGCUCUAUGUAUAUGGCAAUGAAGCUCUAGGCUUAGAAGGAAGCUGGUUCGAGUUAUGGAAACCAUUAAUGUCCCAUCACCAUGGAGCAAAAGGGAGUCUAAGUAGGGCAACAAAAACGAGUUCUUGGGGAGAUGUAGAGAUCAUCGGAUUCGAUCCACAAAGCUAGCUAUAUAGGCGAGCAACUUAUCUUGCUCGUAAAAAUUUAAAGGGUUUGUUUCUAAUUAUUUCCUUUUAAGUAACCCAAAUGUUAAAUAAAUGUUUAAUUAAAGAUAUCAAGGUGAUCGAGCCCUGCUCGCAAUUUCUAAAUUGUAGAAAUUUGAUCAUAUAAUGUUAAUUAAUUAU